AUGUCGGUCAGUGGAGGCUCUGACGUGGAGGUAGCUUCGAGCGCGGCGUUACCACCGCCAGCUCAACGCAGGAGGGCGUCCUCCGCCGCAGCGCGCGAGUUGGACAUCAUGGCAUCGGACCCCGAGCAGCGGCGUGCAGGUCUACGGUCAUUCGACACAACGCUGGCACAGAACGACCGCGCCAUCGCCAGGGACACGCUAUCGCAGCAGAUCGACGCAUACAACGAGGAGAUCGAGCGCAGCGCACACCUUGUCCUCAGCGAUGCGAUGAAGUACACCAAGCAGCAGUACAAGGACGCGCGCUUGAGGGGCAUGGACGAAGACGAGGCCAGCGUCGACUGGGACACCAAGGACGAUGAGAACCCGAUGACGAACGCGAAGGGCGAGGCAUGCAUUGCAAUCGAAGCCCCCGAAGUCUCUCGGCAGUUGGCGGGGGUGGAGCGCCGUGGUGUGAAGCGCAUGGCGGACGGCCCAGGAUGCAGCUACGGCCGUGUUGCGGCCGCAGGUUCUGCGGGCCCCAGCGCGAUUGCGGACCGCCCGAAGGGGGCAACGAGCACCUUGACGAGGAGGCCUUCAUUGACGGAGGGCAGCGUCAGGCGACUCCAGGAAGACGUGGCUUCGUCGGGCUCAGCGACUCCCAUGAGCUCGCCAGCGGGGGUGCAGGGCCAGAAAGGCAUCACUCGCACGCCGCCCAUGGGCCAGAAGACCUUUCUGGAUGAGAAGGAUGCGAUUGACAGCGCUCUCCAAGCCAUCAUCGAGGAGCUCGACGGCUCGAAGCGGAUGGGGAUCGGGGUCCUGCAGCAUUUGGAGGCGGCUCACCAGAAGGUCCAGGACAAGAAAUUGACCUUCACAGACCUGCCCCAUGACUUCGCCUCGGUGAAGGAAGACCUCCAGCGCGUGGUUGCCGCGUGCAAGACUGAGAGGAGCAAGAUCCCUGACGCCAAGAAGGAGCAGGUGCCCGCGCUCCAAGAUGCCUACACUAACAUGCUGAAGCAGAAGACCGAUGCGGUAACCAAGGCAGUCGCCCUCCAAGAUCACUUGCAGCACAAGCUCAAGAAGGCGACAUCAAACGAGAGGUCCAUGUACCAGGUUAGGAGGUGGAAGAAGGAGAAGAUGUCCCAAGCUUUGGUCAAGGGGGGCGCCUCAGCUCCGUUCGCCAAGCACUCCGCCGACAUACUUACUACUGCCGCCGAGGUUGUUGGCGAGGGAGGCCCUGCAAAGGUUGCCCUGCGCGAUCGGACCCAGGAUAACCCAAUCGAGGUGCAGUUCGAUACCACCAAAGUGGCGGUCUGGACGAAAGACAACGCCACCGUCGACAGCCAUGAGACCGCCCUCUGGCACAACAUCAUGAACAUGUUCGGCCCAAGCUUCGGGACCUUCCUGAAGAGCAAGAUGGAGUCCGUGACGGCCGAGCUCAGGAACCACGCGAACUGGCCAGGGGCGCUCGGCAGGAUGACGGGUUGUUGGCCUACUGCGUUGGAUAACAUUUUGCCGUUCGACGCGAAGGAUGUGCAGUCCAGGGGAGCCGAGAUGUGGAUCGUGGGCGCCAAGAUGGAUGCGAUGAGGAUGCGCCCAGCGAAUGUGCCACUGCCUGGCGCCCCGUGCCUCAUCUACGCGGCGGCGGGCCCUCUGCUGAUCCACGCGGUGGAGAUGAAGUCCUUCCUCGACGUGGGAAUCACCGUGGCCGACUACGAGUCGCACCAGCAGACGCCAUCGGGCGUGGAGUGCAUGAAGGCGGGCUCCGCGAUCAUGCUGUGCGACGGCGACGUUGCCUACGUGCCUGCUGGCUGGCACUGGCUGCUCGUCGCGAUGGCCUCGAUUCUUUCCGACGCGAAGGCUGGCGAGGAUGGCGACGCCAAGUCCAAGCCCAAGGGUCGCGUGAGAGCGACCGCCAAAUCUCAGAUCGACGACGUGUCUAAGGAUGCCUACGGUUUCGCUGCCGUGGCCAAUAUCUUCUCGGAGAAGUUGGUGGAGCCGCUUCCUGCGAAUGUCCGUUUGUCCAUUCGGUCGUGUAACCAGACGCACUUCGCGUCGAAGUCGGGCAGGGCCAUGUGGACGGAGAGGGGGGCCCUCUUCGAUAAAUACUUCGCGGGGUGA